UGUUGUAAAACUUGGAAAGUUGUUCCUUUACCAGAGUUUAGUGACAAAAAUGAUUUUAACUCGUACUAUAGCAAUUUACUAAUAAGUUAUUUAAUAUACAAUUCGUGUUACAUUGGAUUUAUAAUAAAUACUUAAUCUUAAUCACUGACCAGUAUGGCAGGUCUCAAUCGUGUCUUACAAAGCAUAAUCACAAGAAAAAAUGAAUUUUGUUGCUUAUGCUUAAAAGUAAUCAAGGAAAACCCUGUUAAUAUACAAGAUGAAGUUAUUUUAAAAGAAGAUGACAAAGACUGCGCUAUUAAGAUAUUUGAUGUUUUAUCUUUCGUACUCGGUUCCGAUACAUACAACAAUAUAUCUGCUGUCGAAUUUUUAUGUAAGCAGUGUACUCAUUCAGCGGUUACAUGCUAUAAAUUCAUUACAAUGUGUAAAGAGAAUUUUGAAGUACUUAGUAAGGCACUGUGUAGCCUAAAUUCUUGUAUCGAUAAUAUUGCCGAUAAUAGUUAUAAAUGCAAUGCAUUGUAUGUGACAUUAGAUCCAAAUAAUUUUUCUACUCAACAAUACUAUGAUUAUAAACAUUCAGGUUCACCAACUACAAAUGCAUUUAAAAGAUUCCAAUCGAUUAUCGAUAAUCACUCUGGUUUCAAUAUAAACACUGAAAUUCCAAUCAAAAAAGAAAAUAUUACAAUGUCUGAACAAACUCAUAAAAGAAAAAGAAGAGAUUACUUCUCUGUUCCUAUUAAAACAAGGGAAAUGCUUUAUGACAAAAAUGAUCGAACAAAUUUAAAGUGUAAAGUUUGCUUCAGGACAUAUCCUUCUUUGUCAAAUUUAAGAAAUCAUUUCAUUAGAGUUCACGCUCCAAAAGACUAUAAAUGCUCAAUUUGUAAUAAAAAAUUUGGUUCCCUAGCUCUUGUAGAAAGUCAUAAGAGUGAAAGUCAUUGCACUCUUAUUUGCAUAGAGUGUGGGAAAACAUUCCAUAACCGUCACACACUUAAAAUGCAUGAAAUUAGCCAUCAUUUGAAACUCGUCUGUCAAGAUUGUGGACGAAUUUAUAAAAGCCAAACGACAUUCAAAAAACAUAUAGACUUGAAUGUCUGUGGUCAAAAUACUAGAGCCUCUCAGGCUGAUGCUAAGUUCACUUGUGACUAUUGUAACAAAAAAUAUACUCAAAAAGUAUCCUUACGAGUUCACAUACAACAUGAACAUGGCAAUUAUAAGGGACAUGAAUGUAAAUGGUGUAAAAAGAAAUUUUGGGCUAUAAGCAGAUUGAAUGCACACAUAGUCAAACACACACAAGAAAAGAAUUUUCAAUGUACUACAUGUGGAGGUAAAUUUGUAUCUAAGGAAUCAUUAUUGUAUCACACACGCACACACACAGGUGAGAAACCUUACCAAUGCCGCUUUUGUGAUAGUAAAUUCUUGUCUGCGUCAAGAAGAGCAGAUCACAUCAAACGUCACCAUUCUGAUGUAACAUAUAAAUGUGAUGUUUGUAAUAUAAAAUAUACAACGCAGGUAUGUUUAGAGAAACAUAAAAAAACACACGAAAAGUCAAAUCACCGCUUACAAUUAUCAGAAGAGGAAAAAAUUUUCUUGGAGAUGUCCGAUGAAGAAUACAAUUUAACUCAACAUAUUAGUUAACCAAUAUUUAAUAAUUUACA